ACGAAAAGAAAAUAGAGCGUAAAUAUUUAACAUAUUUUUUAUUAAAGACGCAUAAAGUACAAAGUGAUAAUAUUAAGUAACAAUGUAUUGUGAUAAAAGCACCUAAAAUCAGCUCUCUGCGAAAAAAAAUCUCAAGUUUAGGUUAAGUAGUAAAAAUGCUUAAAUUUGCUGACUAUUUCGUAAUUUGUGGCUUGGAUUUGAGUUCAGGCCUUGAACCUGACAAUAUAUCAGAAGACAACUUGCAUGUCUCACCUUUGGAACGUUCAUACAAAGGCAAAGUCUUGGCACAUUAUCCUGAAAACGUGCCCCAUAAUCCUUUUGAUGCCUCUGCGGUUUGCAUGUUUUGCUUGCCUCAAGGAUUGAAAUUCAGGACACAAAAACACUCCGUUACUCAAGCUCCACUUUUUCAUUCAUUUCUCAUAACUCGAGAAGAUGGUAAGAGAUGCUACGGUUUUAGUUUGAUUUUUUACGAAGAAGUACGAAAUAGAGAUAUUUGUAAUGCGAUGCAAACCCUUCAAGCUAUGUACAUCACGGAAUUAUCAAGCGGAUUAAAAAUCAAAACGAUCCAGAAUACCCCACAAUCCCGGUCACUUCCUCGUCAUUUUAAACUCAGCACACAUAAUCCUAGUGGAGCAGCUCUCACCUAUUACGAUAUUAACAAAGACAAGCUUUUUGUAUCAAAAAGUAUCAGUCUAAUAUGUCAGACAGCUUAUGUGCAAGCAGCUAAGAUUUUCCUCGAGAAUUUAUUUCGUUGUGUGCCUAAACGUGUCACUGCUUCUCCUCCGACAGGUUUAAGUCUUGAAAGUUACGUAUUUAAUUUAAUUUAUGAAGUGCAAUUGCCAGCACCUGGAAAGAGUCUUUUGGUCUCUUUGCCUCCAAACGAUCCUCAUUUGCCCCCAGUUAAUGCAGUUUUACAAUCUCCAGCACCUCCAAUUGAAUUACCCCAUCUUGAUUACCCCUUAAGAUUGAUGUUUCUUUGGCUUGGAGUGGACAUUGUUGUACAAAUCUUCACUUGUCUCCUAUUGGAAAAUCAAGUCCUUUUAAGAAGCACCGAUUGUCAACGUUUAAUGGUCGUGGCUGAAGGGAUAACUUCGUUGUUAUUUCCUUUCACAUGGCCCCACGUCUAUGUCCCCAUUUUGCCAGCUUCCUUGCACCAUUUUCUCGACGCUCCUGUACCCUUCGUAAUGGGGCUUUAUGCCUCAUCUGAAAAUAUCAAAGUGGCAUCGGAAGCGACUCUCUGUUACGUUGAUAUUGAUAAAUGUAAAGUACAAAGACCGGAAGAAAGUGCUACUUUUCCACAUUUGGAGGCUUUCACCGCUGAAAUUUGGGCAGCAUUGGACAAAUAUGGGGUUCAUGUACCCAAUUCUGAAAAUAGUCGUAACAAUCAAGAAAUCAUGUCGCGGAGUUGUACGCUACCAGGGCGCCCCCAGAAUCGACGCAAACUCUCAAUUCAUGAUACUCUCGAUGGGGAUAGACCACCGUCGCCCCCAGGCUCAGCUCGAUCCGAAGCUUUACAAAGAAUUGCCGAUAUUGUUCGAAGAACAGGAGUGGCUUUGGACCAAAACGAAACCACUCAACCUACAGAUUCCUAUAUUGAGGAUUUACGAUUUAAUAAUUCAAUUCGAGAGAUUUUCCUUAAUCGUUUCGUUCAUAUUUUUCAAUCGUACGAAAAUUUUGUUAUAUUUCCCAAUCAGGAUAAAGAUGAUUGGUUCAAUAAUCGCGAUUCUAUGCAAAAUUUCGAUAAAGCAUCUUUUUUGUCUGAUCAACCGGAACAACAUCGACACUUUCUUUGGAGAUUUCUCGAAUCGCAAAUGUUUGCCACACUGAUUGAUAAUAAAAUUUUAUCAACAUGGGGUGAGAUUGAUAAUAAUUUACUCAUUUUCGAUAAUCGAAUUAAACUUUUAAAACAACGCUACGGUGGUGAGAAUCUAAUUAGAUCUUUGUGUUACGAGCCGUGUACGAGUGCACACGAUACACAGAAACUUUUAGAACGGAGAUUAACAAAUCCGGAUUUUGAAGCACCACCACCGAGAGAAAUAAUGAAUGUCAAAUCAAAUCCAAGUCGGUAUUUCCCACUUUUAGAUAAAGAAAUUUUAAAUAAAACUCCUGUUGUUAAUAAAGGAAGUAUUCCACGAGCGAGUGCAUUACGUAAAGGUUUGUCAUUUUCGCGUAAUCUACCAACUGAGAAAACUAAAAACAAUCAAGACAUGUCACCAGCUUUAAUAGCACAAGCAAAUUGGACUUUUGUCGAGAAAUUACUCAAAGAUUGUAAAGCUAAAACAAAAAGAAUGUUAUUAGCAAAGUUGGGAGCCGAAGGUGUGACACUUUCGAGUAAUAAUGCCGUUGAUAAUUUCGGUGCAGUUGAAGAAAAUACUCUAGUCGCGUCACUAUGUGAGUUUUUGGAAAGAGUUUGGUCACAUGGACUUCAACGAAAAAGGGGAAAAUCAGCCUUAUGGUCACACUUAACCAUAUACCAGGAAACACAUCAAAAUAGGAAUAAACUUUUGAAUGAGAAUAAAAAUCUCAAGCUUGAUUUACCAACACUUCCUGAUUCGCUUUUAUUUGAUGUCGCGAAUGUCCAAGCAAUGACAGAUGUAAAAACCGGGAUUGGUAUGGCCAAAGCUUGGGUCCGUUUAGCCCUUGAAAAAAAACAAUUAUCGAAACAUCUUCGCACUCUUCUUUCCGACCAAACCAUCCUUCGUAGUCUUUACAAACGUUCAGCUUUUCUUCGUUGCGAAGAAGAAAAAGAACAAUUCCUCUACCAUCUCUUGUCUCUAAACGCUGUUGAUUAUUUCUGUUUCACAAGUACGUACGCCACCACUGUGAUACCCUAUCGUAUUGUGAUAAACCCAAAUAAAAAGAGUGCUACCACUUCGGCAAAUGUCUGGGUCGUACUUUCUGGUACUCUAUCUGAAACUCGUCGUAUUCCCGUACCUAAAUUAAUCAAUUUCGAAUACAAGCAUCACAAUUUGGGUGUUUUAACAACGUUAAGAAUAGGACAUGACAAUUCAGGCUUGUAUGCAAAAUGGAUGAUUGAUUAUGUUUUAGUACGUAACGAAAUUACAGGACAUACUUACAAGUUUCCAUGUGGGCGAUGGUUGGGACGUGGGGUCGAUGAUGGGUCAACUGAACGACUCUUGGUCGGUAAUUUAAUGGCGUUGAAAGUCGAAGGAGAGGAAACGAAUCAAAGUAUGGGACAAACAUCAUCACCAAGGUGUCGUUCUCCGGGACCUCUCCGAACUGAAUUAAAACAAUCGCAAAUUCAACAUAUGUUAGGCGAUUGUGUUAAUAAUAUCGUCAAAUGGCACUAUAGAAGGAAUUCUGAACGAAAUACUACAUUAACGGCUUUAUUAUGUGGCGAAAAUGGAUUAGUAUAUUGUUUGGAAAAUGUAUUUUUGUUGGGAUUUAAAUCGGCGCGAUUGUUUGUCGGGAAAAAUCAUCUUUGGGACUAUUUAGUCCGCGUUAAAGAACAAUUUGAGUCGGAUUUACUAGAAGAGAGUUCAGGUAAUCGAACGGCAAGUUUAGAACGUAAUCAUCAAGAAACCGUUGCCGUUUGGAGAUGUUAUUGUCAUUUAAUUGACGAAAUUAUGUGUACAAGUAAAGCAUUGGGGAAAGAUGGAAAAUUUCAAUUGUUUAUUUGUCUCAGUGUCAGGGAGCAUUUGUUGCAUCGGAUGUUGGGACCAAUGGCAAUAUGUAAAGUGACUCAAGAAAUGUACGAAGAAAGUUCUUUUUUGAGAAAUCGUGGUUUAUUAACGUUUCUCAGGCAAAUUUUAUUGCCAUUGGACGAACUUGAUGUUGUUCUCGAAAAUUCAGUAACUCAUGGAAUUUCAUCACCUUCAUCUCAUGUCUAAUUUUUUCUCUAGUCUUUUUUUUACCACCGUUGAUAUUAUGUUUAUUUUUAAAAGUGAUAUUGUAUAUAUUUUUGUAAGUUUGUACAUAUUGUUUAAAAUGGCCUAAAUUAAUUUAAAAAAAAAAAGACAAUUCCUGUAACCUUGCCAAAGCUAAGUUUAGUAAACAGAGUUUAUUUUUAUUUUACAUAAUUUGCAUAUCAAUAAUUUUUAUUGCAAUGUCAUGUGACUGAGACAACUGUCUUCCUUUUCAGAUCAAAGUUACCUCUGCUUGUUUUUUUCUUUUUUGGUAUCAGUGUUGAAUUAAUUGUGAUAUUGUAAGAAAAUGUUGACACAAUUCUUUGUGAUUCAUGUGUAGGUUCUGAAAAGCCAAAGUAGUUUCAUAAUAGAGAUGCAUUAGAUGAAAUUGUAAUUAAUUAAAAAAAAAAAAUUGUAAUAAUAAAUUUCGUGUAAACUU